UUCGUCUUGUCUACCGUUACUCCCCUUCUUGGUUUCUUCCCCUAUAAACAAACAAUCACUCCAAGUAUAGAACAAAAACUUUCUACUUUCUUAUCUUUACAAAUUCCCUCACUAAUCAUAACCAGGAAGAAGUAGAAGAAGAAAAAGAAGAAAAUAAUACUUUCAUGGCUUCUUCUCUGCUUCUCUUUCUCCUCUCUUUUCUUAUCUUAAUCACUUCAUCAAAAUCAACAACCAUUACCAUCCCUCUAUCAGCUCCCAGCUUCAACAAACUGAUUGUGUCCUCAAAAAAGCCAUGGGGUUCACUCAAUCACCUCGCUUCUCUAUCUCUCUCAAGAGCCCACCACAUCAAGUCGCCAAAAACCAAUUUUUCUCUCAUCAAGACCCCUCUUUUUCCACGUAGCUAUGGUGGCUACUCAAUAUCUCUCAACUUUGGUACUCCUCCGCAGACAACCAAAUUUGUCAUGGACACUGGUUCUAGUCUUGUUUGGUUUCCUUGUACCUCUCGCUAUCUUUGCUCAGAAUGUAACUUUCCUAACAUUAAAAAAACAGGAAUCCCAACAUUUUUACCAAAACUAUCAUCCUCUUCAAAGCUUAUUGGUUGCAAGAAUCCCAGAUGCUCUAUGAUUUUUGGCCCCGAGAUUCAGUCCAAAUGCCAAGAAUGUGACUCCACUGCCCAAAACUGCACUCAAACUUGCCCACCUUAUGUAAUACAAUAUGGUUCAGGCUCCACAGCUGGACUUCUACUAUCUGAAACUCUCGAUUUCCCAAACAAGAAAACCAUACCCGAUUUUCUUGUCGGGUGCUCCAUUUUCUCCAUCAAACAACCCGAAGGGAUUGCCGGUUUCGGUCGGAGCCCAGAAUCACUCCCUUCACAAUUGGGUCUCAAGAAAUUCUCUUACUGUUUAGUAUCUCACGCUUUUGAUGACACUCCAACAAGCAGUGACCUUGUUUUGGAUACCGGGUCGGGUUCGGGUGUUACCAAGACCGCAGGGCUUAGCCACACACCCUUUCUGAAGAAUCCAACCACUGCAUUUCGAGAUUAUUACUAUGUAUUGCUGCGUAACAUUGUAAUAGGGGACACACAUGUUAAGGUGCCGUACAAGUUUUUGGUGCCAGGAACAGAUGGAAAUGGAGGGACUAUUGUGGAUUCAGGAACAACAUUCACAUUCAUGGAGAACCCAGUUUAUGAGUUGGUGGCUAAAGAAUUUGAGAAGCAAAUGGCCCAUUAUACAGUAGCCACUGAGAUUCAAAAUCUGACCGGUUUAAGGCCUUGUUACAAUAUUUCUGGUGAGAAAUCACUUUCUGUCCCGGAUUUGAUUUUUCAGUUCAAGGGUGGUGCUAAGAUGGCAUUACCUUUGUCAAAUUAUUUUUCGAUUGUUGAUUCGGGAGUUAUAUGCUUGACAAUCGUGAGUGAUAAUGUAGCUGGUCCGGGACUUGGAGGUGGACCGGCCAUUAUUUUGGGGAAUUAUCAGCAGAGGAAUUUUUAUGUGGAGUUCGAUUUGGAGAAUGAGAAAUUUGGGUUCAAGCAACAGAGUUGUGCAUGAAUUGGUUAUUUUGGUCAUAUAAUGAUAUAUUGUAUCAACUAGAAUAAUAAUUAGCACUGACUUGUCAUCUUUGCUAGAGGUUAUCACUCAAUGGAUGGUAGAGAUGGUGGUUGCUGCGGUGGAAGCACAGGUGGUUGCUGUGAUUGAGGUUCGGUGGAAUCUUUAAUUGUUGGCCGGGAAGCAACGGUUGGUUGACAAGAUAAUGUGGAAUUUAGUUUUUCGUACGAUCAUUGUUACAAAGGUUGACAAAGUAAUAUAAUUAUUUUGGAAAAGUUGUGUA